CUGCCUCUAUAUGUGAAGAGAGAACAGCUCAGUUACGGACACUGAAGAGCCUCAGUCAUGAACACAAUGAAGACCUUUACUUUCAUAACAGCUUUAAUUCUCUGCAGCCUCAGCUGGAUCUCUGUCUCAGUGUCUGAGACUCAGACCGUGGAGAGCCAGCCUGGUCUCCAUGUCACACUGCUGUGCUCCAACAUUUCUACGUAUCCAACGACGACGACCUGGUCAAGAGUGGUCAACAGAACCGAGGCUGGCUGCGUCUCCUCUAUGUACGGCUCGAAUAGCAAUGCUUCAUACUGCGAUGGAUUUCAAAGAGGAAAAUUUGAAAUGACAUCAAAUAUGUCCAUUGUCUUUCUCAACAUCAACCAAGUGGACUUCUACGACGCGGGGCUGUACCUCUGUGGAUUCUACAUUGACGGACAGACAGUUUUCAGAGUGAUCAAUUUAAGAGUUCAAGAGGGUCAUGAUGAACCUCGUGAUGACAUGGAUGGAAAAAAAGAGUCAAAGCUGACGAGUGAGAUUCUGACCACUGUGACGGUUCUGCACUUAAUGUUCAGCUUUGGUCUGGUUGUCAAAAUAAGGAAGCUUCAGACAGCAGCUAAAGAGGAACAUCAGAAUUUGCGACAGCGUGAGAAUGUGGACUCUGAGUACCUGAUGAGACUGUAUUCACCAACAAUAAGAAACAGGAGGCCUGCAUCAGAGAGAGAAGUGGAGACUCAUGUUAUUUACACUGCCAGCAGAGAGACUCAGAGUGGAACUGAUGCUUUAUCUUAUUAUCAUAGUUUCUCUUUGACUGUGUUUUGA